GUUUGGUCGGGAUAAUUAGUUUGAAGAAGUACCUAACGAUAUGGGGAGAGUGCAAGUAUGUAGAUUAGAUGUUGGUCGAAGAACGACCUCGAAAGGAAAGUGAGUUGUUCAAGGGCACACACGUUUUAUCCGUUGUCGGUGUCUCGGCAAAGGGGGGAUAUUUGAUGUUGUAUAAAAGCCCCCGGAGUCAGGGACAUGAAUCACAAACCAUCUGUGAACAUUGAUAAGGCAAGGGCCAGCUGUUGUCGUCUGAAAAGUGAUAACGGGGCAAAAGGAUUAAGGGGAGAAGUGCGCACAGUGAGUUGAUGUGGCCAUGAGGACGAUAAUUGAAGUGCAAACGUUGUAGAACAGAGUGUGUUAUCCUGCGCUGAAGUGUGUGCUAAUUGAAAGUACUGGUAAAGUGAUUCGCUUGAUAACUUGGCGAGAGCGGACUAUCGAGUGAAAGUGCAAAGUUUACGGGGUGUUAGUUUUUGGAUUGGAAAAAUCGAACUGUCGGAGACAACCAUGAUUCCACGAAGCUCCAGCAAGGUGGCGGUGGUGAUUCUGUUGCUGACAGGUGUUGUUGCCCUGAGCCGAGCGGACGAUAGUGGCGGUCCAAGCCCCAGUGCUCCAAGCAAGUUGGAUGAUUAUGUGCUCACCACUCAGUCCGAGUGCUAUAAAUCGAAGCGGUUGGUGUCCUGUUUCAAGUAUCGAAUUUCAAGAUACAUUUGGUCGUUUGCGUCGGGUCGUAUGAACUGGCUGCUGCCCGAGGAUCAGGCUUACGAGGGUGGCAAUGGGCUGCGGUUAGUGCGGCUGAAUGAGCCACAGGAGGACGACGUGUUCCCGGAGGCACGGCAGAUUUCGCCCUACGACAACGAAAUCAUGAAGGCGGCCAAAUUCCUGCAGCGUUCCCUGAACACUUUCAUCGCUGCGCACGGGGUCCGGAUUGGCAUGGGCUCCGAUAGUGGCGCUCGCUUCCUCGACGACGUGGACGAUUUCGACGGCCGAGGCAAAAAGAAGAAGAAGUGGAACAUGAUCCUGCCGCUGGCCCUGAUGCUGAAGCUGGUGCACAUGAAGCUGCUCCUGAAGCCCAUCCUGCUCGGUGUCGGUCUGAUCCAGGUCCUGCUCAUCGCCGGUGGCCUUAUUAUAUUCAAUUACUUCCGGCACAGCAGUAUCUGCCGGCUGCAGCCGCAUGUGGUGCAUUCGCAUUCCCACAUCGCCAGUGAAUCGUCACCAGAAAUUUCCUAUUCCGCCUACGGAGCUUAUCCAUCGUACUCGGCUUCACCGUACAAUGCCUACAGCAAGGACUGGGCCACCAACCGGGCUUAUAGCGCGUACAGCUUCCUGGAUGCCAUUGACAACCACAAAAUCUAAUGGCAUCGGCCGUCGAAACGAACUGCAGCAGAGGAUCAUUCAGUGUUCAAGAGCUAAUUCCAAUAAUUCUAUCACUGUGCUGAAUUUUAACCUUUCUGACUCUUGUCUUGCUUCUCUUCAAACGUUUCUCCUCAGUCUAUCUUCUACUAAGUAUGUCAGCUUAUUCUGCAUAAUUUUCAAGUGAUUUCCUAACCAAACAUUUAUCUUAUCUGUCAACUGCUUCGCUCUGCCAUUAUUUUCCGACCACCCACCGGUACUGCUAGUCUCAGAUCCCACGUAGGAGAUUACUGUUAACAGACACACAAACAAUUCUAAAAGCAGUGCUUCCGUUUCCUGGUAGGAUUGGAAGUGUUUGCUCGAGGAUGACGGUAGCUCUAGAGAGCACAAUCUAUUUAUUUACUUAUUUAUUUAUUUAUCGCAUUAUUUAUUUUCCAAUAAGAUCCAAAGUAGAUGGCAAAAUAAGCCCAUCCCCCCGAGCGUCCCAGACCCCCACUUAGUGUGUACUUAAAAGUCGGAUAGCCUAACGCAAAGCCCCAGCUUAGCUGUUAUCAAUAGUGAAUAGCCCAGGAGAGCAAAUAAAAUGACAAGCGUGAAAAACAGUC